CUGCUUCCAGCACAUUUGCUGCAUGUUUUAGAUCAUAAACACAGUUGAUUUGUUUAAUUUAGCCAUGAAUCACUCCUGUACACACUAAGAAAGGUUGAGGAGACAUUUCAGCUGUUAGAUUAAGGUGUUAAAAAGACAAAUGCACAGCGAGGGGAUAGGUUUUUCUUUCUGUUCUACAAACGGACACUAGGGGAGCUAUAAAGCAAGCCAAAACUAUCUAGUUUCCCUUUAAAGACGCCUUUCCACACCUUCAAACAAUCAGGCUCUAACCUUCUUCAUGACCAAGACCAGAGAGCUGUUUAACAUAUGUGCAGAAAGAGAAUAUGCAAACUCCAUGUAGAAAGACUCCAGGGCAGGAUUUGAACCAAAUACCUUCUUGCUGCAAGGCAACAGUGCUAACCACUGUACAACUGUGGAGCUGUUUCAUUAGACGUGUGUGUGUGUGUGUGUGUGUGUGUGUGUGUGUGUGUGAGUGGGUCGGUGAGUGAGUGGGUCGGUGAGUGAGUGAGUGAGUGAGUGAGUGAGUGAGUGAGUGAGUGAGUGAGUGAGUGAGUGAGUGAGAGAGAAUUCAAUUAGAUCACCUGACCAUUACUGUUGUACAAUACUGCCACCCAGUGGAAAAAAGCUGUAAGCAUCAACCAUUAUGAACAGAUUUGCUUGUUAUUUGGGACACGUGAACGUUAGAAAAAACAAGCUUAGAUUGUAAUACUUUUUAAAGCAUUACAUUUGGAUGAAACCGCCGCGCAUUUAGAAAUUUUUGUUCGUUUUGUUUUUAUUUCUAACUUGCUACAUUAUAGAACAUUCUGAUGUAAAAACUGUAAAUAAAUUGCUUAAAGAUGCUAAAAAUCGAUGUUUCCUUUUAGAGAAACACUAAACGUCCUCCUUGCUGCAGUAAAACAAUGAACCAGCUGAAGUGAACUAUACAUACACACAGUAAGAGGUUGCACGCGUACAGACACGCCUAGGUUCACCUGUCUGCAUCAUCAUCAUCAUCAUCAUCAUCAUCAUCAUCGUCGUCGUCGUCGCUGUCAGGAAGCGCUCGCUCUUUUUCUUUAAAUGAUUUAUUUGAGCAGCUGCUCUGACUUUAGGCGGGUAAUUCACGUCAUUUAUUUCAUGUUUCCGGUCCGUGCGCAAUACCUAACAGGUGUUUGCGGACAAAAGUACUUUAAAGGAACUCUUGAGGGGUGAAAAUCCACUGAUUUAAAACUGGAGAUGACUUCUGGAGGCUUGGGGCUUAACGAGGGGCUUGGGCAGGACAUCAGCCAGCAGGAGCUGGACUUCUCAGACCUAUUUCUGUACAAUCCAGCCGGAGAAGACUUCCCUACAAGCUGCGUCAAAGAUGACCCGGGGGCUCUCCUUCAGAAUGACAGCCAGCCUCCUCUGCUGGUGGUCGACCAUCACGCUGCUUACAUCUCCACCUUAGCAGAGCCGCUGCCAAACCAAGAUGCAUGUGCUCAAGAUUUUGCUGCAGAAACCCUAGGGCUGACGUCAAGGGCGAGCACUAUUCCUGCUCCCAGCCCCAGGAUUGAGAUCACUCUGUCGGGCGAUUCUUUCAGCUCUAAAAUUCUGGAGCUGAGCCCUGGCUCCAAUGCUCUAGGAGCCUACAGGGACUGUGUCAGCCCCACCAGCAGUAACUCCUCCACAGGCUGGCCAGCUGAUGUUUGUUCCCCCCAGACUUCACCUGGAGUCUCGCCACCAAAUGGAGGCAACUAUGGCACAUCGUUGCCUGCUCUGGACCUCUGCCCCGGUCUGCAGAACAUUCGCACUUCCUCUGCCCACUCCUCUCCAGGAACCUCGCCUCGCAACAGCAUCACCGAUGAGACCUUCCUCCAGCCUCAUCACCAACGCUCCACCUCACCGCUUCCCCACCACCGCCCACGUUCCACCUCACCUAAAGGAAAGCGCUCGUUUGAUCCAGCCCACACCUUUCAGGGGGGCACACCUGUCAAGCAGCGCUCCCGGAGCCCCAGUCCCAUCCCAUCACCCCACAACCAGCAGUCUUACUACGCUCCACAGUAUCAGGCCCAACCUGAGUUUCAGCCCCUUUCCCAGACAUCCCCGCAAGCUCUGGAGGAGAUACUGAGCAACCUCAACCCCACCCUCUCCAGAACAGUGCAUCCAGCAGGGGUUAAAUGCACACUUGCACAAGCCCAAAGACAGGAGUGUGUUUAUGCAGAGUAUGACUGGGACAGUGAGCACGAGAGGACCAACAGGUUUGCACCUGAGGUCAAAUCUGAGACAUUUUACAUGGUUCCAGCUGUGUGGCCUCUCACUCAACCAGUUCAUCAUGCUGAAAGACCCACAUUCAGUGGUCUCCCUAUGGCUCCCCUUCCCUCCUUGGAGCGAGCUUUGCCUAGUCAAAGUGGCCAGUAUGAGCUUGUGAUCCAUCAGCAGCCCCGAUCCCACCACAGAGCUCACUAUGAGACCGAGGGCAGUCGAGGAGCCGUGAAAACGCCUAAUGGAGGACAUCCCGAGGUCCAGCUUCGUGGGUACCAGGGCAUGGAUCCACUGGGGCUGCAGGUCUUCAUCGGAACAGCAGAUGAGAAGAUCCUGAAACCUCACGCCUUCUACCAGGUGCAUCGCAUCACCGGGAAGACUGUCACCACUCCCAGCUUGGAGAGGAUGAUCACCAGGACUAAGGUGUUGGAGAUCCCUCUUGAGCCAAAGAACCACAUGAGGGUGAUGAUCGACUGUGUUGGGAUCUUGAAGCUGAGAAACGCAGACAUUGAACUGAGGAACGGUGAGACGGACAUCGGACGAAAAAACACACGAGUGCGUUUGGUGUUUCGUGUUCACAUCCCUGAGCCUGGAGGUCACCUCGUGUCUCUUCAGGUCACCUCUCACCGAAUUGAAUGCUCUCAGCGCUCAGCUCAGGAGUUCCCUGCGGUUGAGCGGCAGGAUCUGGACCGAUGCUCCGUACAUGGCGGUCAGCAGAUGGUCCUAACUGGACAGAAUUUCACAUCUGCUUCAAAGGUGAUCUUCUCUGAGAAGACACAAGAUGGUCAACAAAUCUGGGAAGUUGAAGCCACUGUGGACAGAGACAAAACCCAAGCUAACAUGCUGUUCGUUGAAGUCCCUCCUUACCGAGACCGAAAAAUUUGCCAACCGGCCAAAGUCAACUUCUACGUUGUUAAUGGGAAGAAGAAACGCAGCCAGCCUCAACACUUCAUCUACACUCCAGUGAUAGCCAUCAAAGCGGAGCCUUUGGACAUGUAUCAGGUGAAUUCAUACAGCUGCUCCGAGUCUGGAAUGUCAAUGAAGUCUCUUUACCACCAUCUGGAGCAGGAGAUCAACCCUCAACCUCUGAAUGUUUCACCAACAAUGUACCAUCUAACCACUGUAGACACACGUGGCCACAUGGCAACUCCGGAUUCUUUUGAUGACCCUAUCUAUUUCCAGUCUAGAGCUGGAGCUCUAAUCAACAACCCCGUGAUAUACCACACUGCAAACCAACGUUACAACAACUCCAGCAAUGCCUUUCUGUCUCAUUCUGCCCCCAUUCCCAGCCAGUGUGCAAGUGCCAGGACCCCCAUGGCCAACCCGGGUGAAGGUCCACAGGUGGGCGAUUCUUUUGAGGCUUGUUUGAUGUCAAGACAUCAGGUGUUUGGGCAAACAUCAAUAUCUAUGGGAAGGUCGCCACCUUCAAGGUAUAUUCAAGUGAAGGCAGGAAGUCGAGAAGAACCAAGCGGGCAGCCAUUCAUUCCUGUUGGAUCAGCUAAUAGAAGCCAUGAUGACAAAGCUCCAGAGGGGAUAACAAUCAAGCAAGAGAACCUGAGCUAUGCCUACUUGGAGGAUGUGAAUGACAUCAUACAAAGAGACAUGAGAGGUCACAAUGGAGACUGAUCCUGCAGCACUUCUACAGCUCUGGAGACUAACACUUUUGAAGUUUAUGCAGUGCGUGUAAUUUGCAAGUGACACAAAGUGGAGGGAGAAAUUUCAGGCUAAUUGUUGGAGCUGAAUCAAUGUAGGUUCAAAGGUUCACACAGCUUAAACUGACCUCUGAAGCAUAACUUUAUGUCAAAAUUACACACAGUCACACAUUUUAGACUUUACAAAGAUAAUUAUGCCAUUUUUUAUACUCUAUCUUUUAUGUCUUUGACUUUUCUCUGUUUAUAUGACUGUACAAUUACUCUAUUAACCGUGUAGAAAAUAUUUGAUAUCAAAUAAAUUUUGAUAAUACAAAUCUGUGUGUGAAAUCUUAGUAUUUAUCCUGUCCCAUCUGCUUAUGUCAUUUUUUAAAACGAUAAAAUUCAGAUCAGUGUUGCAGGACAGCAAUUACAGUUUUACUUCAACAAGAGCAACUAUGCUCACG